CCUGCCUUGUGGGGGAGACUGGAUGUCAUGUGGUGAUAAGACCCUGGGGCCUGAACCUCUUUGAAUCUGCCCGUUGCUCUUUGAAGCCCAGAAAUUUGCCUGAAGGAGCCCCUCCCGUCCAGUCGCAUUCUGUGCUCACUCCUGACGGGAGGCACCACCUGCCUCAACUUCCUCUUCUCAACUCCAGUCCCAGGGGACACCUUCCCACAGGGGGAGUCUCUGGGGGCAGGGCCCCCUAGGAGUUGGGGGAGGGCCUGGAUCCUGCAUCUAGAGUCACGUUUUUCCAAAGAAUCAAAAUGAGAGCUACAUGCAUCAGUUUACAUUUUCUAGUGGCAACGUUAGAAAAAGUAAAAAGAAACGGGUGAAGUUAGUUCUAGCCGUAUAUGUUUAACUCAGUGCGUGUGACAUUAUUUCAACACGUAAUCAAUAUAAAAAAAUAUUGAGAUACUUCACGUCCUUGUUUUCAUGCUAAGUCUUCAAUAUCCAGAAUGUCUCUUGCCCUUAGAGCAGACCUCACUUCAGACGAGCCACAUUUCAAGUGCCCAUAGUCACAUGUGACUGGUGGCUGCACAGCACAGACCUGGAGCUCAGAGCUGGGAGGCAGAGCCGGGGGAGACUUGGGGCUGCCCAGGGGGUAGAGAACCUAUUGGGACCCGGCUGUGGGCAGAGAUGGCCACAGAAAGGCCUGGCAAGGGAGGGGGGACAUGGCAGUCCCUUUUGCGGGUGUAACUUGAGAUCCCUGAUUGGUGGUAGCUGAGGUGUGGUGUGGUGUGGCUUGGGCUGCAAUCUCAGACUCAUACAUGUGUCUGGGCUGACGUUCUAAGUCGACGUACCAGGAAACCAUACACGGGGGUGUGUGUGGGGGGGACUUCAAGGGCACCAGAAUGAGUAUCCAUUCCCUCCCCUGCCAAAAAUCCUGUCUUCUCAGCCUAAAUUAAACCAGGUUCACCCUGGUCACCCUUUGGCUCCUGGUCCCUUUGGCAUCCCCCGUUCAGAAGUUUUGCUGGGGAUGUGAUGAAGAUGGAAAGGGGUGGCACUGCCAUGGCCGAUGUCCAGCUGGGAGAGAGAGCUGCAUCAGUGGGCACCACUCACUGACUUGGCUGUUGGUUCCAAUCCAAAGCAAUGAUGUUUACUUAGCAGGGAUACGCAUCACGCCCUUGGGUGAGGUCAAAAAAAUCCUGCACACUAGCGACGGCCUGGGGAAACAGCUCGUGUGUGAGACCUCAGGGUCCCAGGUGACCCUGGGUCCUGACCAAGUCAGUGGUGUCACAGCCCUGCUGUGGAGUAGGUACUUCUAAGUUGAGGCCACUCAACUACUAAGUUGAGUGGGGGUGUCUGAGGCCCAGGAGGACGGGGCUCUAUGCCAAACGGGGCCACGCAGAGCAGGGCCCUUAGGGAUGUUAGUUUCAGUUUAGGAUGGGGAACAUGGAGGCAGGGCAGAGAGUGUCACAGAAGCUGCCUUCUCUCACCUGGAUGUGGGCUGUCGCUAUAGGAUAAGGAUGUUGAUAGCAGUGGGGAGCCCCCAUGCUGCUGUGAGGUAGGUCCCAUGUUAUCUCAAGAAAACCUACCUGAGUGGCUUCCCCAGGACCACACGGCUAGUCAGUGGCAGAGCUGGGACUUGAACUCAGGUCUGUCUGACUCAAAUCCAUGCCCCUGGACACCAGACUAGCAUUUUCAGUGUGUUCUCCCAGGGUAGGGCCCAGACAGAUGAGUUUCCAAGGCUCUGGCCUUUGCAGCCAAGCAAACUGUUCAACAGCAGAAUGGAAGUCAUGAGCACUGAUGGGGACUCCCGUUCUUCCUGCCCCCACCCCUCCAGAGAGCCCUGGGGAUGCUCAGCUAACCUGUCUCUUUCUCUUUAUCUGUGUCUGGCUCUCCCUCCCUCUCUGCCUCUCUUUGUGGAGGGAGGUUUUCUCCUGUUUUCUUUCAUCCUUGGGAUGUGUGUGUCUCUGACUCCUCCCCCCCUUCCCCCCCCCCCCCCGCACUGUGUGCUCAUCUUUUCUCUUCGUGCUUCUGUCUCCCUCCCUGUACCCACCCUGAUCUCUCUGCAGGACCCUCUGGUGGACAUGGGUGGUGCCCUGGGGCCCGCCCUGCUGCUCGCCUCACUCCUCGGUGCCUGGGCAGGGCUGGGCCCGGGGCAGGGUGAGCAAGCUAUGACGGUGGCCGUAGUGUUUGGCAGCUCGGGGCCACCGCAGGCCCAAGCUCGUACCCGCCUCACCUCCCAGAGCUUCGUGGACCUGCCUCUGGAGAUCCAGCCGCUCACCGUGGGGGUCAACAACACCAAUCCCAGCAGCCUCCUCACCCAGAUCUGCGGGCUCCUAGGCGCUGCCCGCGUCCAUGGCAUCGUCUUUGAGGACAACGUGGGCACCGAGGCCGUGGCCCAGAUCCUGGACUUCAUCUCCUCCCAGACCCAUGUGCCCAUCCUCAGCAUCAGUGGGGGCUCUGCUGUGGUCCUCACCCCCAAGGAGCCGGGCUCGGCCUUCCUGCAGCUGGGCGUUUCCCUGGAGCAGCAGCUGCAGGUGCUGUUCAAGGUGCUGGAGGAGUACGACUGGAGCGCGUUCGCCGUCAUCACCAGCCUGCACCCGGGGCACGCGCUUUUCCUGGAGGGGGUGCGCGCCGUCGCCGACGCCAGCUACCUGAGCUGGCGGCUGCUGGACGUGCUCACGCUGGAGCUGGGCCCGGGCGGGCAGCGCGCACACACCCAGCGCCUGCUGCGCCAGCUCGACGCCCCGGUGCUGGUGGCCUACUGCUCGCGCGAGGAGGCCGAGGUGCUCUUCGCCGAGGCGGCGCAGGCCGGCCUGGUGGGGCCCGGACACGUGUGGCUGGUGCCCAGUCUGGCGCUGGGCAGCACCGACGCGCCUCCCGCCGCCUUCCCCGUGGGCCUCAUCAGCGUCGUCACCGAGAGCUGGCGCCUCAGCCUGCGCCAGAAGGUCCGCGACGGCGUGGCCAUCCUGGCCCUGGGCACCCACGGCUACCAGCGGCAGCACGGUGCCCUGCCCUCCCCGGCUGGGGACUGUCGUGGCCACCCUGGGCCCAUCAGCCCUGCCCGGAAGGCCUUCUACAGGCACCUACUGAAUGUCACCUGGGAGGGCCGAGACUUCUCCUUCAGCCCUGGUGGGUACCUGGUCCAGCCCACCAUGGUUGUGAUCGCCCUCAACCGUCACCGCCUCUGGGAGAUGGUGGGUCGCUGGGACCAUGGUGUCCUCCACAUGAAGUACCCGGUGUGGCCUCGCUAUAGUGCCUCCUUGCAGCCUGUAGUGGACAGCCGGCACCUGACGGUGGCCACGCUGGAAGAGCGGCCCUUUGUCAUUGUGGAGAGCCCUGACCCCAGCACGGGCGGCUGUGUGCCCAACACUGUGCCCUGCCGCAGGCAGAGCAACCACACCUUCAGCAGCGGUGACACGGCCCCCUACACCAAGCUCUGCUGUAAGGGCUUCUGCAUUGACAUCCUCAAGAAGCUGGCCAAGGUGGUCAAGUUCUCCUAUGACCUGUACCUGGUGACCAAUGGCAAGCAUGGCAAGAGGGUUCGAGGCGUGUGGAACGGCAUGAUCGGGGAGGUGUACUACCAGCGGGCAGACAUGGCCAUCGGCUCCCUCACCAUCAACGAGGAACGUUCCGAGAUUGUGGACUUCUCUGUGCCUUUUGUGGAGACGGGCAUCAGUGUGAUGGUGGCACGCAGCAAUGGCACCGUGUCCCCCUCGGCCUUCCUGGAGCCCUACAGCCCUUCAGUGUGGGUGAUGAUGUUUGUCAUGUGUCUCACCGUGGUGGCCAUCACAGUCUUCAUGUUUGAGUACUUCAGCCCUGUCAGCUACAACCAGAACCUCACCAGUGGCAAGAAGUCUGGGGGCCCAUCCUUCACCAUCGGCAAGUCUGUGUGGCUGCUGUGGGCGCUGGUCUUCAACAACUCGGUGCCCAUCGAGAACCCCCGAGGCACCACCAGCAAGAUCAUGGUCCUAGUCUGGGCCUUCUUCGCCGUCAUCUUCCUUGCCAGCUACACCGCCAACUUGGCCGCCUUCAUGAUCCAGGAGCAGUACAUCGACACUGUGUCUGGCCUCAGUGAUAAGAAGUUUCAGCGGCCUCAAGAUCAGUACCCACCCUUCCGCUUCGGCACGGUGCCCAACGGCAGCACAGAGCGGAACAUUCGCAGCAACUACCGAGAGAUGCACACCCACAUGGUCAAGUUCAACCAGCGUUCGGUGGAGGAUGCGCUCACCAGCCUCAAGAUGGGGAAGCUGGAUGCCUUCAUCUAUGAUGCUGCUGUCCUCAACUACAUGGCGGGCAAGGACGAGGGCUGCAAGCUGGUCACCAUUGGCUCUGGCAAGGUUUUUGCCACCACUGGCUACGGCAUCGCCAUGCAGAAGGACUCCCACUGGAAGCGGGCCAUAGACCUGGCGCUCCUGCAGUUCCUGGGGGAUGGGGAGACACAGAAGCUGGAGACGGUGUGGCUCUCGGGGAUCUGUCAGAACGAGAAGAACGAGGUAAUGAGCAGCAAGCUGGACAUCGACAACAUGGCGGGCGUCUUCUACAUGCUGCUGGUGGCCAUGGGACUGGCCCUGCUGGUCUUUGCCUGGGAGCACCUGGUCUACUGGAAGCUGCGCCACUCAGUGCCCAACACGUCUCAGCUGGACUUCCUGCUGGCUUUCAGUAGGGGCAUCUACAGCUGCUUCAGCGGGGUGCAGAGCCUGGCCAGCCCCGCGCGGCCGCCCAGCCCGGACCUGACCGCCGGCUCGACCCAGGCCAGCGUGCUCAAGAUGCUGCAGGCGGCGCGUGACAUGGUGACCACGGCUGGCGUGAGCAGCUCCCUGGACCGCGCCACGCGCACCAUCGAGAGCUGGGGCAGCAGCCGCCGCGCUCCCCCGCCACCCGCCUGCCCCGGCCCGCGGCCACCCACGCCCGGCCCGUCCCCGGCGCCCAGCCCCCCGGGCCGGGGGCCGCCGGGCGGGGGUCGUGCCGCGCUGGCGCGCAGGGCUCCGCAGCUCCCGGGCCGCCCUCCGACGCCUGGGCCGUCGCCGCCAGACGUGUCCCGGGUGUCGGGCAGGCCGCCCCGGGAGGUGCGACGGCCGGUGCAGGCCGGGCGCGGCGGGCGGCACCUCUCGGCCUCCGAGCGGCGCGCGCUCCCAGCGCGCCCCCUGUCGCCCGAGCGCUGCCACUACAGCUCCUUCCCUCGAGCCGACCGGUCGGGGCGCCCCUUCCUCCCGCUCUUCCCGGAGCCCCCGGAGCCAGAGGACCUGCCGCUACUCGGGCCGGAGCAGCUGGCUCGGCGGGAGGCCCUGUUGCGCGAGGCCUGGGCCCAGGGUCCACGCCCGCGCCACGCUUCCCUGCCCAGCUCGGUGGCCGAGGCCUUCGUCCAGCCCCGGUCGCUGCCCACUCGGUGUGGCCGCCCGGCCUGCCGGCGCUUGGCGCAGGCGCCGUCGAUGCGGCUGCCGUCCUACCGGGAGGCCUGCCAGGAGAGCGUGUGGGCCAGGGUCCCCGUCUGGCCGCACAGACAGCACGCCUGCCUGCACGCCCACGUGCCGCUUUGCUGGGGGGCCAUCUGUCCCCACCUCCCCCGCUGUGCCAGCCAUGGCCCCUGGCUCACUGGGGCCUGGGGGCCUCCGAGGCACAGAGGCAGGACCCUGGGGCUGAGCACAGGCUACAGGGACAAUGGGGGGCUGGAAGAGGUCAGCAGGGUGGCCUGUGGGACACACGGCUUCCCUGGACCUUGUACCUGGAGGCGGAUCUCCAGCUUGGAGUCAGAAGUGUGAGGGGUCAGCUACUGUGGUUCCUGGUCAACUGGAUUCUCUGCCUGGCACUUCCAGGGUUAGUGCGGGCAGGCGUUUCUGGAUUCCGCCUUGAAAUCCUGGCCUUGGGUCCCCCGUGACAGAUGUCUUCCAUGGUCAGUUGAGUGACCUCGGCGGCCUCCAGUCCUGGUGUGGUCCGGGUGGGCUGUUGCUGUCCUCUUAUGCAAAGCCCUUCCCGCCUGUCCUGGAGUCACCGGGAGCAGUGAUGUCUCCCUGCCCUGAUGUUAGCUAGUUUCUAGUCAAGACUGCGGGGGCCUGGUGUAGGAGUAUGGUGGCUGGAACUCGGGGUGGGGGUGGGGGCUGUCCCCCCACCCCCACCCCCUGCCCUCCCUGACUGGAGUUUCUUCUCAGAGCGCUGGGGCAUUAAACAAAUCUUUUACAACCCA